CCUGAACGCCCCCUAGGGAUAUAAAAGUGCACUGUAUUAACCUACAAAUCAUAGUUCAGUUUAAUUUAUUAAACAUUCAACAACUAACCAUCAAAAAAAUGAUGAAUCAACCGAUUGAAAUGAAAGAGUUUUCUGCUGAAUCCGAGUUCGACUGGAACCUGACCAUCUUAGCUAAAAGUGAUUGGGAUAAAAACUUCAUCGUGAUGUCUGACGAGGUCGAUUUCAAAGAAGCUGAAGCAAAAUGGUCAUUGCAACUGUCAUCAUGCAGCUGGGGCACUAGCAGCAUCUUCGUUGUCUCGAGAUUCUUCUUGAAGAAAGUCAACUUUGAUAAAAAUGCCAAAUUCAAGUUUGAGAUUCUGUUAAAAGACGGAACAAUCCUAACAUCGCCAUUAUUCACCAUCAUGAAUCCAACAUUUGAGUAUCAAAUGCAGCAAUAUAUUCCAGUCCAAGAAGGAGAUAAGCUUGAAAUUACAUCAAAAGUCACUUUCUUCACACUGAAAUUCUACAAGGACUUGCCACCAUUUGCUUUAAAAGGUUUAAAUGAUGCUUUGGAGGCUAUGAAUAAAGCUGAUAAGGAGGCUGAAGAUGUUAAACGUGCUUUUAAGGCUUUAAAUGAUGCUUUGGGAUCAAUGACAUUCAACUAUGAGACUCAAAAAACUUUGGAGUUUGUUAAUCAUUUACAAAGUGAACUUGAAGAAGCAAAAAAGAUGCAGGAACCACUCAUCGAUGCUAAUGAAGCUGAAGUAGAUUCUCUGACUGAAUCUGGUCCUCAAAAUGAUUCAUCAGAAUCUCAGAUUGAAGCUGAAAGCUCAGAUGGAGAACUGGAUGAUACAGUAGAAGGUGAACUGGAUGAGGAACUAGAUGAAGAACAAGAAAAUUCUUCGGACGGAGAAUUGGACGAUACUAUUGAAGGAGAACUGCUUGAUACUUCAGAUGGAGAAUUGGAUGAAGCUACAGAUGAAGAAUUAGUUGAAGCACCAGAAGAAAAACAAAAUCAAAAACAGGAUGUGGCUACAGAUGGAAAAAUAAUUGAAGCACUAGAAGAAGAACAAGAUGAAGAAUUUGAUGCUGAACUUUCCGAAAUUGAUGCCAUUAACAAUGUUGAUGAAACAGCAAAAGCUUUCAAUGCUGUUCUGCAAGCUAUCAUUUGGGCAGAGGAUGAAGCUCGAAUUGUCAGUGCAUUUAGUGAACUCAUGAAAACUUCCAUAAAUCCAAAGCUAGCUGAAAGACUUACUGAAGAAGCACAUAAAGCUAUUAAUAAUGCACAAAAGGCUGAAAAGAAAAUUAAUGAUGCAACAAUUGAUGUUAAUGAGCCACAAGAAGAUACUGAUGAUGCUGAUUUUGACCAUUGCUCAGAUGCUGAGAUUGCUGGUGAUGUCCAAGAUGUAAAAAAAGUAAAAGAAGUUGUAUUUGAAGAAGAUUUCGAUCACUGCUUGGAUGUUGAAACUCCACAUGAGCUUCAAAUUACUCAAAAACCUCAAGUUGAUACUCAAGAUGAACAAACUGCUAAAGGUCAUCAAAAAGAUGCCAUUAAGACUAAACACAGUGCCAAAAUUGAUGACAUGUCUGAUGACGAUUUCGACAAUUGCUCAGAAAAUGGAGCAACUCCUAAGAUUUAUCGUUCAGAAGCAACCAUUAAGGUACAUUGCCAUGAAGGAAAUUGUACAAAGCCACCAACAGAAGAUGAAGAAGAUAGCGAAAGCAGCUUCAGCAUUGAAUUACCAGUUUUUGGUAAAGUUACUUUACCAACAUCAGAUCCUUGCGACCAAGAUUUAUUGAACGAAAUUUCUAAUAUUUAUCUUGAAAACAUGAAAAUGAUAGCUGAUGCAUCAGCAGCUCUUCUUAUUUUCGCUGCAAAGAAUGAAAAUAAAAAGUUGCUUGAAGACUGUACAGCAGCAUUGGCAGCACAGAUGAAUUUGAAAAAUUUCUUUGAAAUCUGGCAAGUUGGAUAUAAAUUGAAGAUUAAUGAGUUGAAGGACAUGGUUAUUAAGUUUGCAACUAAUAACAGCUUCAAGGCAUGGUAUCAUCAGAGCAUUUCACCACAUAUGAUGCACGACUAUGUCAAUUCGUUUCCAAAAUCACAGUGAUUGGUUGUUUAUGGUGGUAAAUUGAGAUUUAGGAAGUCAUUUAAUACUUAAUCAAUCUUCAGUACUUUAAUAGUUUAUAAUUUCAAAGCUAAAAUUUCAAAGAUAUUUCGGACUGAGA